AUUUCCGAGAGCCACAAGCUGAUGCAAGUCCUCAUGGGAACAUGCGAGAUAACCAAGUAGCAAAAGGCACUGGCAGAGUCCAAGCGAGAGCAGUGCAGCCACAGCCAGGGCAGCAUGGCAGGGCUCCACGUCCGCUCCGUUCUGGUGACUGGGGCCAACCGAGGCAUCGGCCUGGGGUUUGUCCAGCAUUUCCUGAGGAUGCCAAACCCACCUCAGUGGAUCUUUGCAGGCUGUCGGGACCCCAAGGGACAGCGAGCACAGGAGUUACAGAAUUUGGCCUCCAAGCACCCCAACAUCAUCAUCAUCCCGCUCGAAGUCUCUGACCCCGCCAGCAUCAAGGCAGCUGCAGCCAAGGUUGGGGAGCGCCUGGGGGACUCUGGACUCACCCUCCUCAUCAACAAUGCUGGAAUUUUGAAGCCAAGCCUCCUUGAUAAUGAGACGCUGCAGGACAUGACGGAGACUUACACCACCAACACGGUUGGACCCCUGCUGAUGGGCCAGGCAUUUCAACCCCUGCUGAAGAAGGCUGCCCAGGGGAGCCCAGGCUCAGGGCUGAGCUGCAGCAAGGCUGCCAUCGUCAACCUGUCCAGCAUUGGCGGCUCCAUUGCUUCUUUCUUUGGUUGGGAGUUGGUACAAGGUGUCUCGUACCGCUGCAGCAAGGCUGCUCUGAACAUGCUGAGCAAGUGCCAGUCCCUGGCGUACAAGGAGCACGGCAUCCUCUGCGUCGCUCUCCACCCCGGCUGGGUACAAACUGACAUGGGCAGAUCUGGCGGAGAUGCGCCCCCUGUGACAGUGGAUGACAGCGUGCAAGGGAUGCUGAAGGUCCUCUCCUCCCUCUCUGAGAAAAACACGGGCGCCUACCUGGACUGGGAAGGGAAUGUCAUCCCGUGGUGAGACACCACUUCAGGAUCCUGGAAGCCAAGAGGUCCCUUUGGCAUGGCUCCCACCUCCCCCACAUUCUCAAUAAACUCUUGCUGAGACCCCCA